UCCCACCACUAUGCGUUCGGGCGCCCCAACCGGUCGUUUCAUUUGUCGGUUUGUAUCGGCGCGCGCGCCCUUUUCCCAAACUUUUAUCACUCUUUAUCUCCACCACACACGUGCGCUCAAAGCCAGUUUUUGUCACGUUUUCUCGUCCGAUUUUCGCCGCUCCCGUUGCUCCUUAUUAUUGUUACUACCCGCACUCGUUCUUCCCUAUCUACUAUUACCGUUACCGCUGCUACGUCUUCUUAUACCCUCACUCUGUGUUCUUCUUCUGUCACCCGGUCGACUUUUUCCGCUACCGGUGUACUUUUUUCGUUACGUCCGCUCGCCGUACUCUAUCGUUCGUCUCGCACCGCGUUACCGUUUCCGUUUCAGACGGAAAUUCAAUGCCGACGACGGUGCAGUCGUCGUAACUGUAACCGAAGCCGUAGCCGUUAUGUUGUACGCGGAAGACGAUCGUCUCGUCGACGAAAUCGACCGGUUCCUGGGGGACUACUACUCCGACGACGCGCCGCCGACCAACACUCCAGUGGAUAACAACAAGGCCGACACGUUGUCCGUUCUCGAGUCGACAAACACCUGUGCCACCGCUGCUGCUCCUGCAACUACCACCACCGUCGUUUCGGACGAUGUGCAGUUUGUCGGUGUGCGUGUGUUUCAGCGAGAACAGCGCCACGUUCGAGAUCCUCGACGACAACGAGCACUACGGCGUGUACGAGCACGACCCGCACCGGUGCAACUGGAAUGUCUUCUACAAGCCGCUGUCGAACGAUCAACACGCCGCCGUGAUAAAACAAGAGCCCGGACUCCGGCCGGACAUCAAGACGGAAUGGGACGACGGAGACCCCAUAGAAAGCUUCUCGUUCGCCCGCGAAUACGAGAACAUAGAAAAACCGCACUGGUCCCGGUGCUGGCAGACGCUCCCAGGCGCCCGGCGAAACGCCGACGCCUCCGUCUACGACGGAAGGUUCUUCUCGGCGACAGCGCAAUGCGGUGGACCGCCGAACGAAACGGCCGGACAAAUGAUGUUCGCCAAUCGACCGCCGGCGGUCAUGGUCAGCGAUUCAUUGAAAACGAUACUGAAACCGUAUUGCUCGGUGUCGUCCCCGUCCCCGUCGCAACAGAACGACGAAGACGAUGACGAUAACUACAAUUACAACCUCGCCGCGUCACCGUCGACUGGCGUUGUCGGCGGCGGUUUCGCUGUACACCAAUCCGCCGACGAUAGACCGGAAACGUCCGUUCCUCGCCCUUGGAUCGCCGCCACCGCCACUGCCACUAGAGGUAGAAACGUGGUGGCCGCCGUCAAUCGCGCGCCGACAUCCAAACGGAACGACAACAACGGUGGUUCAUCACUGGUCAACAACAACAAACGUGGAGGCGUUUCCGGCGGCAGAUAUUCCACAAAGGCCGUGCCGCCAUCGCCGUUUGCAGGUCGCCCCCUUUUAAAACAUACGCCCGCCGCCGCCGCCGACGGCAAACGUCGACAGACAGCAAACAACAACGACGACGAUUCGGGGUGGUGGUGCCGCCGGCGGCGGCGGUGGCUACCCGCCGUCGCAGGUCCGGCCAAAAUGUUCGGAAACGACCGCAACCGCAACAACAACAACCGCCAAAAUCUCGACCGGAACAACCGCAAUCGCAACCAGAACAACCGCCAGAACCGUAACCAGAACAACCGCAACCGCAAUCGGAACAACCGCGACCUGAACGACCGGUACGAUAACGAUUACAACCACAACAAUGCGCCCGCAGCAACCGCCGCUACGGCCGCCGUCCAAGCCGUUGUCGUCGAUGCCGAUGCUGUGGCCGCCGCCGCCCGGCCGAACCAAAUGAGGCGUCUUACCUCCAGCACGGCCACCACAGCGGCCGCCGCCACCGGCACCGCCAACCGCCGACCAUCGUCGUCGCCCUCCACGACCAAACGGAAGGACGGCCCGGCGGCGGAACGCGAGACGUUUGGCCGGAACAGGAACAUCGCGAGCGCCAUGAUCAGAGAUUACCUGUCACCGGUGUCGCUAGUGGGCAGCACCGUCGAGUUCGAGUCCAGGAAGUUGGCCAACACGGGAGUUCGCGAACAGCUUGACCGGGCGUUCAGGAUGCACGGCGCGGUGUCGAAUUCCUGGUGGACUCCGGACGACAUGCUGUACAUAACGUUCGCCGCCAGAAACGUGGCCAGACAGAUCCACUCGCUGUACCCGGUCAACGGCAGCAGUUCGUACUGACCGGGUGCGCCAAUCUUGUCCGUCCAUCCAGACCGUUGUACAUUUCUCGUUGGUCGAUCGAUUAUAAUUAAAAUUGUGUGAUUGGCGUUAUAUAAUUCAAUUGGAAUUGUUUUUUUCUUCUUGUUGUACAACAUUUGUACAAAAUCGUUGCUUAAAAGCGCGGCGGCCGCCCUGUCGUCGCACGUCAAAGAGAAACAAAAGUUUUGUUUAUUUAUUUAUUUAUUAUUAUAAUUUUAUUUUUUUCUAUAUAAAGGUGUGUAUAUAUAUAUAUAUAUAUAUAAAUUACUCGUCUGGGUUUAAGUAAAAGGCGUUUGGGAUAUACGUGUAUGGUUUUUUUUCCCAUUAAAAUUGUUAAAAUUAAAAUUUCGGGUUGGUAUUUUUUUUUCUAUUGGUUAUAAUAAUUUCUUUGUUUUUGCAUUUUUGUCCCCCCUCGUUAAUUUGAAGCAAAGAUAAGCGUUAUAGUUAAUAUAUACAUAAGUUUAUUGUAUUUCAGUUAAACAGUUUCACGAGUUUUAAUUGUUUACAUGACGACGACCUUGUAUCAUUUAUCAAUCAAUCAAUAUAUAUGUAAUGUAUAAUAUGUCUAUGUAGUAGUAUGCAAUGUAUAAUAUGUAUACGUAAUAUAUAAUAUUUAUGUUGUAUGUUUAUUAAAA